AUGGCCGGCGGGCCUUCGGGCCCGGAUCGGCGUCAAGAUCCCCGUCAACGGGAUCGGGGCGGGGCGGCGCGGCGCAAGAAGCCCGUGGUGCUGCUGAUCGAGAUGUGCCUGAGGCACGGGUGGUGGCUGGCGUGGGCGCUGUACGGCUUGGGGGCGGCGUGGUUCCUGGCGCUGCCGAUGGUGGCCAGGGGGGUGUUCUUCGAUGAGAACGCGCUGCUGCCGGACAGCGCGGCGUCGGGAUUCAGGCACUCUCCUGUGUUGGCUACGGCACAGGGCCUGCGGUCAAGAUUUUUGAAAGAGACUGGUGGUGGUGCCAGUGGCCAAGCCUGGCUGGCAAGCGAGAUGCGUGCCUUGGGGCUGGACACCUCCGUCCAGGUGCUGGAUAUGGUGGGCCCCAUGGUGAAUGCUUCUCUGCAGUGCAGCAACGUGCAUGGCAUCCUGCGUGCUCCAAGGGGAGAUGGCAAGGAGGGCAUGGCACUUGUCACACCCAUCACCUUGAAUUCUGAGCAUCCAGGUGCACAGGAGAACCAUGAGGCUGCUGCCCUGGCCGUUGGCAUUGGAUAUGGGCUUCUUGCCCAUUUUGCAACUGUGCCUUGGCUCGCUAAGGAUGUGGUAUGGGUGGUCACAGACGGAAGGUGUGGGUCUAUCCACAGCAUGGAGGAGUGGCUUGAUGCUUACCAAGCAAAGGCCGCCUCUGCCAUCGGCAGCGAGUUCAAGAGAGCAGGCACCCUGCAGCAGGCAGUCGUGGUAGAGGUGACGCAGCCCACGUUCGAUGCCGUGGAGAUCGCCCUGGAGGGUUACAACGGGCAGCUACCCAAGUUGGACAUGUACUGGCUGGUAAAGAGCUUGUCAAGCAGGGUGCUUGGUGUUCCUAUGCUGCUGAGCGACAGGCAGGCUGAUGGCCGAUUGGUGGGAAUGGGCCGCCUCUUCGGAUCCAAGGGAAGCAGGGAUCAUGGCUACGCGGGCCGGCUGGAGGCCAUGCUGUCGUUCGUGGGACGCCUGGCGCUGGGCACGCCAACGGGGCCCCACGCGGCUUUCAAACCUUGGGCAGUUGACGCCAUCACCAUGAAACCCAAGCUGCUGGGCCCGGGGGCCCUGGGAGGCCCAAAGUCCUCGAGGCUGGGCUCGAAGGGCAGGGUGGUUACCGACGCGGGCGCCGCAAUGGUUGGCCUGGCGGAGACGCUGGAGCUCAUUUUUCGGAGCUGCAACAAUCUGCAGGAGAAGCUGCACCACUCUUACUUCAUGUACCUCCUGGUGUCCACAGACCGGUUCCUCACCAUCGACCUGUACAUGGCCCCCGUGGCUCUGUUUGUGCUGGCCAUGUUCCUGAGGGCAGGCUGCCUCAAGGCCCAAGCUGCAAGUGGAGCACAGGCACCGAACUGGGGCAGCGCCUUCAGCCUGUCCUCCCAGGUGUAUUGCGGUUCUGCGGCUCUGAGCCUUGCCCUCGCCUGCGCCGCUACCCCCCCUUCGCUCACUCUAUCGAGCAGCAUCGGAAGGUCUCUUUCUUCGGGCGCUUGGGGAGGCGGGGACAGGGCUCUGGCCGUUCUAUCCGCGGCCGUCUUGAUCGGUGUCGGCUGCUUUGAAACAUGGCUCCGUGUCAAGUCCUGGAGGAGACCCGAGGUGCGCCCACGGGCGCCACCAUCUGCGGCGGACGUGGGCGGCGGCGAAGCCGCCACUCCACCCACCCACGGGGCUAUCAUUGGUGCAGCAGCAGCCACACAAGCCGUCGCUAUCUGCACCGCUGCGGCUGUCUCGUCCGCCAUAGUCUGCGUCAACUGGGCGUUGGCGUUCGUGGUCCUCGUGGCUCUGACGCCACUCACUCUGAUUAUCAACCCGCCCACUGGGCGCCUUCAAAGAGCCGUCAAUUUCAUGGCGAUUCUGUUGCUGUCUCCCUUUGCGAUGUUUCCCCUCGCAACCGCCCUUCUGACUCCCGGAACAGCGCCCAGCGACGCCCAGGGCUGGGCUGCAUUGGCAUUCUCCGAACUGCCCCUGGCGACACGCAUGUUCUGGACAUGCACGUACUGCCCGUUGUGGCUCCUGUCAAUUUUAUGCGGCUUGCGAACCUAA